AUGAUCGAAUCUGCACAGCCAUCUCCGCGAAAGCCACGUCAUGGUGUUGGUGAUGUACAUCAUUCGCCGAACGUUAAUGCAGAACGUCUACUGAAUGCGUGUAUUGAUGCGGCUAUGCCACAACCGUCACCUUCGUUCAAAAGCAGUUCAAAAAACGAGAGGGGCGGACGCGAAUGUUCUCCGGUGACCCAUUGCGUCCGCCCUUCCCCGCUAGUCGGAGGUCACCACGCCAAUGUGGAGGAUUUUGAAGAGGAUUUCGACAGUAUCACUCCCAAUCCUGUAGAUCCGAAUUCUCCUUCUCGCGAGUCUUCGGAAAGUUGGUCGGAUAAUGAAAUAGGAAGCUUGGAGAAACCCGACAUCACACUUCCCCUUGACUGCUUCAUAGAAGAAGAGAACAUCACGAUAGAUUGUUCGAGAAUAAGUGUCUCGUCACAUGAUCACUCGUCAUCGAGAACAACUGAUGCUCCGAGCUCAGUUCAAUCGACUCCCGUCAAGACCGGCAAUCGUCCUGCUAGAACGCACAAGACACGGUUGCCUAAACCAACUUCUGUAGUGCAGGUGAACAUGAGAAAAGUUGGUCGUACCACCGCGGGACAUACUCCGAAGAAGGAAGCGAAGUCAGCUGUUGUGCCACCCUAUAAUUAUAGGAGACCG